AUGGGUAACGGAGAUGAGCUCAUGGAUAAUAGCUGGAACCUGGACCGUGAAGGAGUGGCUGGUUUCGGUUGGGAUGGUAUUGGGAACGACAGGGGUUUGGGGAGCUGGCUGGACGGUGGCGCAACCACAUCCAGUUGUUGGGGUCAGCCUCCAUACGAGGGUGUAGUGGAGGAACCCCGCAAGUUGAGUAUAUGGAAGAGAAAAGUGGAAAUGACAAGUGAAAAGAAGAAAAGGAGGAAAGAGUGGAAAAGUGGGCAGCUUGAAGUAGCCCGUCUGAAGCAAACGAAAAGGCUCGGAUCAUUCUUGCACUUUAUACUGACUAUCGACCUGGUGCUGUGA